UGUUGCGAUUUGUUGUUUUGUUUGUAUUUCGUUAUUUUAGGGCAUGUUUGGUGUGGUUGCAAAGAACGAUUAGGUAAAGAGGGGAAUAAGUGAAACUCUUUUGAGGCUUAAUCUUUUGCUCUAACCAAAAACACCCAAUCAUUAUUUACUAUACAUGACAUUUUGGUGAAACUGAAAGAGCGGGAAUCAUUAGACUCACUUCAAAUCCUGUUUCUUUUCCUCAGUUUUCUCGGGAACCAAACUAGUUGCAAAAUUACUGAGGAAAUGAUUCAAAUGGAAAGGAAAUGAAUAUACAAAAUCUUCAGUUGUCUUUUUUUGGUUCUUAAGAACAUGUAGAGUCAGCUUAUCUAAGUUAUAGGAAAUUGAGAUUCUGAGCUGAUUUUUUUUUAUCUUUUUUAUUGUUUAGGAAUUAGGGUCCAAACAUAGAGAUAUAUGACUUUGAGCUUCCUUUCAGUGUUUCUUACUCACUCCUAAUGCAUUUGUUUCUGCAAAUGGGGAAAUGACCAUUGUUUAGUCAAUGUGGAAGGUGACGAAUUUAGGACAGUUGAAAGACCUGUUUUUGGGAAUAAUUUGUUUUUAAAGAGUGCAAGAAUGCCGUUGUGAGAUAAGCUUUGGAGAUGUUUUUUCAUCUUUUGUUUGUUUGUUUUUUUUGUUGGGUUUGUGGAUACACUGAAAGAUUAACUGAUGAAGUUGUGGAACCAUUACUUGAUUGACAGCCAGAAAAAUUUGUUAAAAGUGGACACUCUCCAUGGGCAGCUCAAUUAGCAGGUACUCCCACUCAGGAAUGGGAGGUCCAAGGUUCAAAUCCUGGGCUUACUCGAUACACGGUUCUUGGGGAGAUGGGUAGUGAAUUCUUGGUUUUCCUGAGUCAUGUGGAGCAGGGCUAUUGCGUUCUAUUUUAUAGCAAAAUUUCUUAGAAGGAAAAUAUUGAUAAGGAGAAGAGGAUUGAUAAUAUUUAGAAAGCAAGCAUGUGCACUGACACAAGGCAUUCCAAUGAACCAUAGAAUAAACCAAUUUAAAUAUAAAUAAGCUCUGAAUGCAAAUGCAACAGUUGUUGAUGAAAGGGUCCUCCCCUGGCUGCUAUAUCCUAAUUGAUCAUGUUUAAAAUUUCUUAAUCAUCUCUUUACCCUUUAGUGAAGAACACUUAUGCAUGUCUUAGCUAUUCAAGCAUAUAUAUUUUUUUUUUGAUAAGUAAAGGAUAUGCAUUAAAAAGGCAAAACGCCACAAAGUAUACAGGGAGUAUACAAGGCAGCUAAGGCCUCAAAAAACAAAGACAAAAAGAAUCACUUCCCUUUAAGUGGAUGCUAUCUACUCUAGGAAGCCUAUAAGGGAGAACGCCUCCUCACCUACAUACAAUUUGGCCCAACUCCACAAAUUACAGACAAAAAAAUUCUUUAACUUAUGAACGUUCAACACCCUCCCCCUAAAAGCUAAUCUAUUCUUCUCCUUCCACACCGUCCAAAAAAUACACAACGGAAUGGCGUCCCAGAUCUUUUUCUUUUUCUUUCCCACAAACGAGCCCCUCCAACUAGCUGAAACCUCCUUUACAGUUUUUGGAAAAACCCAUUUCAUAUCAACUAAACCAAAAACAAUAUCCCAUAAAGUUCUAACCAUUGUACAAUGAAUAAGGAUAUGAUUUACACUUUCUUCCUCGCAUCCACACAAAAAGCAACGAUUUGGAAGUUGUAGUCCUCUUCUUUGAAGUCUAUCCAAAGUAAGCACCUUCCCCCACGUCGCCUCCCACGCGAAAAAAGAAACUUUAGUUGGCACCCUUGCCACCUAAAUGCUUCUUGAGGGAAAGCCUGUGUCAUCAGACUUCGCCAACAAACUAUAAGCUUCCUUAACCCUGAACUGACCACUUCUUCCUUGCCUCCACAGGACUGAGUCUUCCUCCAAUGAGGGUUUAUGACCCCUCAGUAUAUGGAGAAAAUCCCCAACCAAAUCCAACUCCCAAUCAUUGAAGUCCCUCAAAAAAUUUAGAUUCCAAUUUCCUUGACCCGAAUUUUGAUCCCACAUUUUCUCAACCGUUGAGUUCCUUUGAACAGCCAUACCAAAGAGGUGAGUAAAACAGUGGGACAGUGCUGACUCUGAACACCACACAUUUGUCCAAAAUCUGAUCGUGUUGCCCUUCCCUACUCGGAAUAUCAUGUUAUCCCAACACCACUCUGAUUCUUUCCAAAUCUCCUUCCAAACCCCUACUCCAACCGCCCCAUUAGCCUUCUUUGGCCUCCAACCAAGACCCUCCUGCCCAUACUUCACCUUGAUCACUUGUUUCCAAAGAUUAUCUUUGUCACAUGCAUACCUCCAUAUCCACUUGCCAAGUAAAGCUUUGUUCAACAUAGCUAGCUUCCUAAGGCCUAGCCCACCUUUAUCCUUGUCUGUACAUACCACCUCCCAUUUAACCAGAUGAAUUUUCCCCUCCAUAUUUCCCCCUCCCCACAAAAAGUCCCUUUGCACUUUCUCAAGCCUUCUAACAACGACCUUGGGCAUUCUGAAAAUAGACAUUUGGUAGAUUGGCAUGCUAGCCAAAGUAUUUUUUAUUAAAGUGACUCUUCCCCCUUUAGAAAUAUAUUGCUGUUUCCAAAGAGCUAGUCUCCUCCUGACUCUCUCUUCCACCCCAUCCCAUAUAUAUGGCGCUCUAUUGGGGGCCCCUAAAGGAAGACCCAAGUACUGAGAAGGUAAAGACCCCACCCUGCAGCCUAGCUCAACAGCCAACUCCUUCAUCUCCACCACCUCUCCAAUUGGAAUGAUUUCACUCUUGGCUAAAUUAAUCCUUAGGCCUGAAGCCACUUCAAACCAGAAUAAAAUCCAACUUAAAUGAGUUAGAUGAUCCUUUCCGGCCUCACAGAAUAUAAUUGUGUCGUCAGCAAAAAACAAAUGAGAGAUGUUCAAAGGGGGUCCACUACCACCCCUUAUGUUACACCCUGAUAAAAAACCCCCCUCCACAGCUCUCCUAAUAAGAACAUCUAGCACUUCCAUUCCCAUAACAAAGAGAUAAGGAGACAGGGGAUCUCCUUGUCUAAGGCCUUUAGUGCUAGGGAAGAAGCCUACAGGCACUCCAUUAACCAACACUGAAAAUUUAGCUGAGGAUAGGCAGCUCCACAUCCACCCCACCCACUUAGACCCAAAACCCAUCUUUUGCAACACCUUCAGCAAGAACUUCCAAUUGAUACUGUCAUAAGCUUUUUCUAUAUCCAAUUUGCAUAUAAGGCCCUUUUCUUUUCGUUUCUGCCACGAGUCUAUCACUUCAUUUGCAAUUAAGGAAGCGUCAAAAAUUUGUCUUCCCCUCACAAAGGCAUUCUGAGAAGUAGAGACCACCUUUCCAACUACUUUCUUCAGUCUGUUAGCUAGCACUUUAGCCAAUAACUUGUAAAGCCCCCCCAGGAGACUAAUAGGUCUAAAGUCUCCAAGGUCCUCAGCCCCACUUUUCUUGGGGAUCAAAACCAAGAAAGUAUUGUUGAGGCUCUUGAGGAAAGAGCUAUGUUCGUAGAAGUCCUUGAACAUUUCUAGAAUCUCCUCUUUAAUAAACUCCUAACAACUUUGCCAAAAUGCCAUAGUAAAGCCAUCUGGACCAGGGGCUUUAUCCCCAUUCAUCUCCAUCAAAGCCACAUGGAUUUCAUCCUUUGUAAAGGGCCUCUCCAGGUUCUCAGCCUCUUGUUGGCUGAUCUGAUCAAACUAAAGUCUCCCAAUGUCCGCCUUCCACCCCAUAUCUUCUGAGAGCAAAUUUUGAAACGCAUUAGCAAUUCCUUCCCUAAUUUCCUGCUCCUCUAGCAGCCAUUCCCCAUUGAUCUUAAUUCUCUCCAAAGAGUUAUUUCUACGGUGAUCGCUUGCCAUGCGAUGAAAGAAACCCGUGUUUCUAUCCCCCUCCUUCAGCCAUAUUUCCCUUGAGAGCUGUCUCCAAUGAGUUUCCUCCAUAAUCACCCAUUUUCUGUAAUUUUCUUUUGCCUCUUUCUUAAGCUCUGUUUCCUCCACAGUCAGAAUCCUCUCACUUUCCUUCCUAUCCCAGAAUUCCACCUGCUGUAAGGCUAAGGAUUUGUUGCACUCCAGCUUUCCAAAAACUUCUCUAUUCCAAACUUUCAACUUCUGUUUGAUUUCCUUCAUCUUAGUAGCCAAUUUGUAACUAGCACUGCCCCUAACCUCAAUUCCUUGCCACCAGCUGUGCACAAGAUCUUUGAAUCCCUCAACCUUAAGCCACAUAUUUUCAAAUCUGAAUGGAGUCGGGCCUCGUCUUAUCCCACCCCCACUAACGUGAUUGAGAAAUGAUCGGAUACCGGACGGGGCAGCCUACACUGAUUAAUCCCACUGAAUUGGUCUAUCCAGCUAGGGGACAUAAGGAACCUGUCCAAUCUUGCCCAAGCCUGAUUAUUUUGACCCCCAUUCCAAGUAAAUUCUCCCCCAUGAAGGGGAAGAUCCACCAGCCCAAGAUCAUCCACAAUCUCAGCAAAUUUCCUCAUUGCUGAGCUAAUUCUCCUCUGGCUACUCCUUUCCCUCGGAAACAAAGUGAUAUUAAAAUCCCCCCCUAAACACCAAGGGUCUUCCCACAGCCCUCUAAUCGCCCCAAACUCUUCCCAUAAUGCAUCCCUUUCCACUUUGGAGAAAGGGCCAUACACUCCCGUGAAAACCCAGAUAGCCCCAUUUUCUACGUUCCGGAAUCUGCAAGAUAACGUAAACUGACCCUCUUCCCAAUCUGGAAUGUCCAAAGACCUUCUAUCCCAGCAUAUAAGAAUUCCUCCCGAAGCCCCCUCCGCAUUGACAGCUUUCCAAUCUAGGAAUCUCCCGGAGCCUAAACUUCUCGCAAUGCUAUCUGACAUAGAUUGAAUUUUUGUCUCCUGAAUACAGAUUAAGUCCACCCUCACGUUCCAGCUCAGAAUUUUCACCUUCAUGGGACAAUCACAAUUUGGCACCCUUUGCCCUGUGCCGAGCCUUUUUGUUUAAUCCUCCCUUCAUAAUUUAUGGAAUAUUCCAGUCUUUUUAACUCCCUUUCAAACUUAGACUUUUCCAGUAGCUCUUUGCUAUGAAUUUUCUCUCGUCUUUUUUUGAUUUUGGUCAAAAAAUUCAAUAUUUCCUUCUCCAGCCCCUCCGUGGGAAAGCCCAGGAAUUGGCUGAAUUUCGCCAAGCCACUCUCUUCCCAUUUGCCCUCCGGCUCACUUCUCUCAAUUUGGCCAUCAUAUGUGUCUCCGACCCCAUCCAUCCCCCUGCCUUUGUCACUACUACUUUUGAUUACUCCCAAUUCCUUACAGCCAUUGAUCCUUUCAUUACAAGCCUCAUACACUGUUAACCACAUUGUGUUAUCAGCCCGUACUUCCUCAUCCAAGUCCCCAGAAUGAUCGUAAAACUCCCCCCCCCCCCCCGGAGUCCGAUAAAAAAGAAUAGGAUUGAGAUGAGAAGCCCCCAAAGCCCUUUUCCCCUAAGAACAAGACCCCGUGCCAUACCUCAUUGAUUCCUCUUCAAGCGCCUUAUCCGUCUCUGACAGCCUAGCCACACCUUGUAGCUUUCUCAUAUCCUCAGACUCCCGCGCAACAAAAGGCUCUGGCUCAGGAGGAUUACUUGAGGCGAGACACUUCAAUAGGAAGCCCGUCUCCUGAAGGUUAUUUUGGUCUUGGGCUGCUGAGGAGGUUGGGCCCUCCCUUAGCUUUCCAUUUGGAUCAGGCUGUUGGGGGCAACCCUUUGAAUAAUUUGGGCCUUUGUUUGACGAUCGGGCUUUUGGCGAAGCUGGGCCUUUAGCAAAGCAGCCCACAUCUUCAAUCCUAUGCGACGGGCCUGCUUCUGGGCCAAUCUCACUUGCAGCCAUACCUUUCAUCUUAGAGCCCAUGGCUCCGCUCGUCAGGCCAGGCCCACCAACCCUCCUUGUCUCCUUUGGGCCCGCGAUUGGACUUAAGAAAUGCAGUUUACCAAUUGAGGCCCAAGUCCGGAUUGUCGGGCUUAGAUCUGCACUGGCCUCAACCCGACCCGACCCGACCCGACCCGACCCCAUGCUCACCCGUCUCUUCAUCUGACGGGUUCAGAGUCUCGAGCCUCACGCUCACCCACUCCUUCGUCACUCGCUGCUCCGCGCGUGAGGCCUCCUCACCCCUAACCUCACUGCUAUGAUGACCGACUUCUUGUCUGUGAUUCCUCCUCAACACCGGACGACAUUCCCACCAUAAGGACACAGCGUAAACCUCCUCCUCCACUUCGAAUUCCAGGAUGCUCGGUCUAAAUUCUCCUCUCGAUCUCACCAAGAUUCUGGCCCACUGGAGCUCACCCAUCGUUUUCGUCUGUUCAUCGGCUGUAAUAAAACCGCCACAUUCGUCCCCCACUCUCUUCAAUAUCUCUGGACUCCAUAACGAGAUUGGGAGCCCAACUAUUCUCACCCAAACUUCUUUUCUCUCUUCCUCCUCUGCCCAACAUCCACUCCUAGGACUCCAGUGCUCCAACCCUACCUGGAUUCCUUCCAUCGCGCGAUUCCCAGAGGAGACAACACGUCUAGCCUCUUCCAAAUCUUCAAAUUCCAGUAGAGCUCUUUCCUGUUCCAACUUAGCCAACCCUAAACUACCUUUAAGAUCCCAAGACUUUGCCCAAAGUUGCCCCAACUUCUCAAGUUCAUCUUCUCCCCCUGAACUAUCUUUCCAACUCGCCACAACACAAUGUUCCAAUUUCUUUAAUAAUCCUAUUGAUUCCUCCCUUUUCGCCUCCACUACGAUUACAUUUGGGUUGCUCGACAGUGAUUGUUUCGCUAUUGUUGCAUACGAUCUUCCCACAACAGCCUUCUCCACAACCUUUCCUUCCUGGUUUUCUGAUUUUCUGCCAAGAAAACCUACCAUCUGGUUAAGCUUCUCCGCCAUGGUCAUCCACCCCCUUUUAUCCCUUCUGCCUCUCGGGAUGAAGAUGCAGAACCUCUUCCUCUCUAGAUCGGAGACCCCUAGCCGUAUAAACCCCCCCGCUCUGUUUAUCCCUCGUGUCAUAGAGUACAUUCUCCCCUGCUCCUUCCAUUCCCUUCCCCAUCUUGCUUCUUUCUCAUCCUUGAUACAGAGAUUCAGCCCUUCUAAGAAAAACCCUAGGCUGUCCGAUCCCAAUUGGACCCAUGACGAAACCCCUCCCUUCUUCUCCACAAUGAGGACUUGGAUUUUUCUUUUUCUAUCAUCCACAACAAUCUCGAACGCCUUGGAUUCCACUGCGAAACUGCACUCAUUCCUUCUGCUUCGUGAAUUGUGAAUCUAACCAACAUCUGACGUUUGCUACAGAGUGAUAGGCACCAAAUCACAUUCCAUUCUUCCCAAAUUAAGAAAUAAGGCUUAUUGUUGGCAGAAAUUGCCAUAUACUGAAGUCAAGUCUUAUCUGAUGCAUGCUUAAGGUUAUAAUCUUAUUUGUUUUUGCUUGUACCAAUCAAAACUUGAUUCUCCUCAGGCUAGGUUUUCUUUGUGGGUUUUCUCUUUGUAUGAACAUAUGCAUGCUCACCUCCUCAUGUAGUGCUAAAGGUGGCCAAAAGUCACAUCUUUAACAUGAUCUAACCUUAGUUUGGAAAUAGAAUUGUUGUCCAAAGCUUAGUGAAGCAUGGAUCAUUGGUGCGCAAGACUUUACUGGCCAAUCCUUUUCAUCUUUGUUAAGAACAUUUUAAGAGAAGAACUCAAUCUGAAUGUCAAGACGACCUCUUCACUCCGAUUUACGUAAUUUUCGCCAUGUUGGAGUUAUUCCGAUCUGUCAGUAUGGUUGAGUAACCUCACUGGUCAGUGCUAAGUAUUUACCCCCUCAUGUAGCUUUUAAAAGUAGCUGAAAGUCACAUCUUGAACAUGAUCCCACCUUAGUUUGGCAAGAGAGUUAUCAUCCAAGAGUGUGAAUCAUUGACAUGCAAGACCUCAAUGACAAUUCCCAUCAUCUUUAUUGUGACCAUUUUAAGAGAAGAGCAAGAGAUUUUUUUUUUCCUUUUUUUUUUUUUUUGGGUGCUAAUCAAAGGUAGAACAAGGUUUUUCUUUUGGAAAAAACAAUUGUGUUGAUCUGAGAUGAUAAAGAUAUUUGAUGGAGAAGGGGUCCCAUCAAAAUGUUUCAAAAAAAUUAUUUUCUACUUUAUCUUUUGACCCCAGGCUUUUAGAUCGUACUAUUGAGCUAUGCUAAGACUUUAAAUAAUGUGCAUCGUAUGAUUUUGGAGAGGAGAUGUGAUUCCAAGUUUAUUAGAUAAUUGAUAUUGUUGCAUAUAAUCAAGGGAAGCUUUAUACCCACAAUUUCCAUUUUCCUUUUAAUAUCAAUUCCUAGUGGUUUGUUUACUGCAGCAUUUAGUAUAUGCAUGUUUUCUUUUAUUAGAAACAAAAAAAAUUCAUUGGCAAGGAUUUAAAAGUAUAUGUAAAGGAUGAGGAAUCCUUCCCAAAUAUACAAACUCUAAUAAACAAAUAGAUGAAUAAGUUUUUUCUUAUAUACUAACAAGAUAUAUAUCUCAUACUAGACUUGGAAAAACUACUCGAACGAGCACAGAUCUAUGAGGAUUGAUUUCUUGGAAUUAUAUUCUUACCUAUUUCCUUUUUAUUUUUUAUUUUUUUAUUUUUUUAUUUUUUAAAUAGAUAAAAGAAAAUCUAUUAACAAGCACAAAAAGAGGGGGCACACCCUUUGUACACAAGUAGUAUACAUUGAGCCCCAUGAAAAAGUACACAACCAAUACACUAAGAGACAUAAGAAGCCAACCUAACCAUAGACUAGGGAAUCUAAGAACUCUUACCAUAGAGAAGCUCUCCAUUCUCAAUGAAGUGUGGGACCACUCCACAAGGGAUUUAAUGAAGACCUCCUUCAACCUUUGCUUUGAGAGCUCUUCUUUAUUGAAAAUCCUUUUGUUAUGCUUUUACCAUGUAUGCAAAAACAAACACAGAGGGGCCAAUGCCAAAUGGUUCUUCUUUUCUUAUCAAGUCCUUUAAGUUUCCAUGCAAAGAGGAGAUUUCUCACUUAAGCUAAAAACACCCAAUUCAAGCCAAAGGCUGCUAAGAGAAACACCCAAAGCACUCUUGUCUUUUCAUAGUAAAUCAAGAUAUGAUCAGUUGAUUCUUCAUUGUCUUUGUAAAGAUUGCAUUUAUUGAUCAUUGCCUAAUCCAGUUUCAUUAAAACAUCUAUAGUUAAGAUCUUUCUCCAAACAACUUCCAUGCAGAAAAAACACUGUCUCAGAGGAGCUUGAGACCCCAAAUCUAUUUGGUUGGGAAUACUAGAUUAGUCUCAUCGUAUAAGGAUGUAUAGAAUGGUUUACACUAAAACUUCCCCUCCUAGCUUCACUCUAUAUUAAAGUGCCUUCUCCUUCUUGCACUCUCAUAGGAUAAAUGAGAGCCAAAAAUUGGGUCACCCCCUCUAACUCCCAAUCUUGGAGGGGUCUUCUAAAAUGAACCCUGCCUCCACUCCCUUCUUCCUCCCAUGCAUCUACAACUAUGACAUUCUUAGAAGAAGAUAUUAUGAAAAAGGAUAGGGAAAAAGAUGAUGGGAAUUGUCAAUGAGUUCUUGCAUAUUAUCCAAGAGAGUUAUCUUCACAAGCUUUCCUGCUCAAUACUAAACCUCCAUGACCAUUGUCCUGGUAAGGCUUUAUUACUAACUCCCAGUCCUUUGAAAUUCUCAUCCUUGCAUACUUUUGAUCAACUCACAAAAUACACCUUUUUUCUUUCCUCAAGGUUUUCCCAUAAAAGUCUCUUUGAUUUUUCUUUAAUCUAAUCCCCACUCUAGUUAGAGCAAAGAAAGAAAUAAAAUAGAUUGGGACAUUCGAGAGAGUACUCUUUAAAAGGACUAAUGUUCUUCCUUUGAACAAAUAUUGCUUUUUUUUCCCAAGAAACCAAUCUCCUUUUGUAUCUCUCCUUUACUGCAUCCCACACAACACAAAACUUAUGAGACGCCCCAAGAGGUAAACCAAGUUAAGAAGUAGGAAGUCUCCCACCUUGCAUCUAAAUAAAGAAGCUACUCUCUUCACUUCCUCCACCUCUCCUAUUGAGAUAGUUUCACUUUUUUACAUGUUAAUUUUCAGCCUUGACACAAGCUUAAAAUAGGUACAAUCCGCUUCCACAAUCUUAAUUGAUUUGUAUUAGCCUCAUAGAAAAGAAGGGUAUUGUAUGCAUACAAAAGGCGAGAAGCAUGCAUGCCUUCUCCCCCUUUACCCUUAAACUUGAAACCAUUAAUGAAACCUCACUGCUUAACCUUGAAAAUUAGACAACUAAGGUCUUCCAUGACUAAGACAACCAAGAUAAGUUGAAAGAAGGCCCCCUUGCCUUAGGCCUAUGGUGGUCAGGAACAAGGACUGGUAUUCUCACAGGACUGAUAUGCAGAAGUGUAUCCACUUCCUCCAUUUAAUACCAAAACCUAUCUUUUCUAACACCAUAAGGAGAAGCUUCCUAGUUUCAUGGUUACUUACCUAUCAAAAGAAAAAAAAAAAACUUCCAGUCUACAUGGUCAUAUGCUUUUUCUAUAUCCAUUUUUCAAACUAAGCCCACAUUUGAGCUUCUCUUGCUUGAAUCAACGACCUCAUUUGUAAUGAGAGCAACAUCAAGAAUCUGUUUGCCCCUCACAAAUGCAUUUAGGUUUUUUGACACCACCUUUCCCAUCACACUUUUUAGCCUAUUAGCCAAAACCUUUGGUAGAAGUUUGUAUCGGCUACCUACGAGAUUGAUUAGCUUAAAUCCUUAGUCUGCUGCCAUACCCCCUCCCCCAAUUUUAUUUUAUUUUAUUUUAUUUAUUUAUUUAUUUUAUUUUAUAUAUUUUUUUGCAUGUUAGGACAAAAUAUGUAGUAGUAAGAUUAUAAGCAAUGGAGUCCUUGGGAUAAAAUUCCUCAAAUAGUUGCAUUACCUCCCUUCCAACUAUCUACCAACAAAACUUCCUAAAUGCCAUUGAGAAACAGUCCAGUCCUGGCACUUUAUCACUGCUUAACUUUGAAAGAGCUAAAUGCACCUCCUCCUUCGUGAAGGGGCUCUUUAACCAUUCUCCAUCCGACCCUUCUAUGCGUUUAAAGAGCUCCAUUGCCAUGUCAAGUCUCCUUGCUUGAGACUUCAAGUAAGAAAAAAUGGCCUCCUUGAGCUCCUCUCCUUCCAAACAAUCUCCAUUGAUUUUUUAGACUAUUGAUGAAAUUGCUCACCCACCUUGCAUUAGCCAUGUGAUGAAAGAAUUUUGUGUUGUCACCUUCCUUUAACCAUGGAGCCGUUGAUUGUUGCCCCUAAGAGGCUUCUUCUAAAAUAGCUGGGUGGCUGAAAUCAUCUUUGGCAAGCUGUUAAGUCCUCUCCUCAAAGAGAGGUGUUUCCCUUUCUAUACUAUCCCAAUAGCUUAUCAUUUCCAAGGCAACUUUCUUCUUCAUAGAAACAUUACCAAACUCCUCUUUAUUCCAUUUCUUCAGGUCUUCUUUCAAUGCUUGCAAUUUCUUGGUGACCACAAAACUUGGGGAGCCCCUGGCUAUAUUUCUGCCACCACUCUUUGAUCAAAUCCCCAAAGCCUUCCACUUUGCAUGUUGGCAUAUUUUAAGAAUGCCUUCUCUCCCCUGUUUCUCUUUACUCUUUUUUAAAUUUUAAUACAUCUUCUACUUUCUUAUUGUCUAAAUUUUUUUAUUUUUAUUUUUUUUUAUAUACAAAAUGAAUAACAAUGUUCUAUGCAUGUUUUAAUUCUUUGAAGCUUGCUAAUUCUACAUGGUUUAACUGUUAAGCUAGUGUGGUAAAUUUUUGUUUUGAUAAGAUUAAGCCAGUAUGGUAAAUGCACUCUGCAUGGUGAUUUUACAUUUAUGUUCCAUAUGUGUUAAUCAUAGUUUUCCUUUAAAAGGUGUGCCUUUGACAAUUUGGAUGGGAAGGAAUCAUAAAAUUCUCAGCAGCAAUUUUCCUCUGUAGACAUGGUUGCAAAAAGAUGUACAUCCUUUUUUAAUGCAUUGAUGCUUGGCUCAAGGAGUCUGCCUUCUCAGUUGCCUCCAACUAUUCUACUGCCUUUUCACUUUGUUGGUGAUUGAUUUAUUUUUUUCAUUUUCAUUUCAUAAAAAUAUUCACCUUAAAAUUUCUCCUAUUCUUAUCCUCCCUAUUAUUUUAUGAUUUCCUUUUUGUUUAUAUUUAUUAAUUUUGGUUUCAGUGGGUUCAUUUUGUGCAAAUGUUUGUUGAUUAUCAUAGUAUUGUGAUAUUUUAA